AUGGGAGCGCGCGAUAUGGUGAAUCAAAUGUGUUUACUGGGGUCAUCCACAUGCCACAUUAGCUGCGCCAACAAGAACCCGCCACCAUAUAACGACUGUUAUACCCAGAGUAUUUCUGGGUUCCAUGGCAACGUCGAAGGCAUAUCACCCCAGUUGGAUUAUGCCAGAGAAAGUUGCGAAGCUGAGGAAGACUCAACGGGAAUGAAUCAGAGUCAUAAUGAACAGUACGGCAUAGAAUCUCCCGAGCCUCAAGGGGACGAUGAAUGUCAAUCGUUAUUCAGCACAACAUCGGGAGAUGGGGCUUCUAAAAAAAAGAUGAAGCGGUUUAGGCUAAGUCGAAACCAGACGCGGUAUUUGAUGAGUGAAUUUACUCGUCAAGCACACCCUGACGCUGCUCAGCGAGAACGGCUCUCGCGUGAGAUACCAGGUCUAAGCCCUCGACAAGUCCAGGUCUGGUUCCAAAAUCGGAGGGCAAAGUUAAAGCGAAUGUCUAUCGACGAUAGAGAGAGGGUGUUGAAAUCAAGAGCAAUUCCGGAUAGUUUUGAUAUGGCCAAAGCCCUAAAUUGGCCCUACGCAACGUACUCAGGGGCGUCAUCGAAACCAGCUGCUUCAAUUAAUCUAAAAGACUUGAUCAAAAAAGAUUCAUCUACUCUUACCGAACCUUCAACCUUUUUGGGCGGAGAGUACGCGAACGUUACAACAAGUGAUAUAUCUUCCAGUGCCUACUACACCCCAAUAUCUCAGCCAGCUUCGAACUCCGACACUAACCUCGAAAACGCUUCUUCUACUGUUGGAUAUCGAGAAGCGCCGUUUACGCAAUGGGCUUAUUCUCAGAUCCCCAGCCCACCUUUGGAUUCCGCGGUUGCGUCUGAACCCGAGAGCUUCGGCGAAUCCGAGUCACCACCCAAUAGUCAUUGGUUUGCCGACGCCGCGCUGUUCGGUAAGCUCUCAAAUAUCGUCUGGUAUACUUCACAACGACAGGCCUUUGACUACACGACUGCCAUCAAGAAACUUCAUUAA